AUGUUUUCUUUUCUAAAUCUGCUUUCAGAUAAUAGUUAUGCAUAUGCCCUGUCCAAAACACUGACAAAGGUUUCAUCACCUGCGACUGUAGGACUCUACUCGUCAUGUCAGGAUCGACUUAACAUGAUCCUUAAACAAAUGGAAGUGUACAUGGAGAAAGAGGCUUUGGAGAUUGAGCAAAAUUACAAAAGAACACCAAGGCCUCGCUCAGUUACGCCUUCAUUUACUGGCUUCCUAGCACUCAUUGGCCGACUCCUCUUCUACAAUCCCAUUUGGACUCAAGAGAACUUGAACCACCAUAACAUCAGGUUCAUUUAUGUGCAUUUUAGUGCCUGGCAUUUUGCAGGCAGUGAUCUACUGUGGGCCGGGCUGGUCUUACGCUUGUUUCAUGCCAUGCGGAUUAACUUUGGGAUAUUACAGAUGGUGCUGUACCGUGUGGCUCAAUAUGAUGAAGAGAAUGAAAUCAAAAAGAAGAUUGUGGAAGAUGGUCCUAAGAAUUGGAGGUCCAAGAAGAUUUGCUGCUGCCCUCUGUGGCUUCUCCUCCUGUGCAUUCUUGUGGUUCCAGUAAUCAUACUAGUAUCCUGGCUGAUAUUUGGUUUUCCCAAACCUGAGGUGGCACAAAACGGGACAGUUAAUGGAACAACAGGCGAGGUGGGUUUUGUGGAAGGACUGGUCAUUGCUGCAUUGGGAGUCCCUGCGGCAAGUGCGUUGAGGUGUAUUUUUCUGAUGACUAAGAACUUAAUCUUCAGUCAGGAUCUGAACAUCAGGAGGGGGAUGGACAAUGAACGGGUCAGUAAACAGCUGGGCUUCAUGAACGAAGUUAGGAAGGAAAUGUGGUUCCUGUGUCGCUUCAUUCAGUUUAUGGAGGUCUUUGAGGGGAGAAGGAUCAGAGUUGUGCUGAAGAUCACCAAUCUUGACCACUGCACCCCCAAGAAAAUUGUUGGAGUUUUAGAUGCUGUCAACAUUCUGCUUUCAGAUGAGGAAAGUCCAUUCAUUUCCAUUCUGGCCGUCAACCCAGAAGUUAUCAUAGAGAAGGUGAACUUUGCAGAUGGCUGCUUUUGUAAAGAGGACAGAGCUUACGCAUUCUUGAAACGCAUCAUUACUCUGGCAUUCACAGUCCCACCACUGUGCAAUGUUUCAAAGCGCAUCUUAUUUUGCAAACUGACCAGCAAUUCAAAAAUCCUUGAGGACAAAAACAUUAUGGGCCAUAAAAGUAGUUCUUCCUCAGAUUUACCUUCAGUGGAGAAGGGAUCAAAGACACAUGAGUCACAUCCACUGUUGGAUAAAACACUGCAGGUAAAGGAUGAGGAAGUGGAGAUACUGGUAAAGAACAUCCUGAACAGGAAUGAAAGAAGGCUAAACAAGUACAUGUUAGAUGACGUUAUGUCAAUGAGGAGAGUGAUCAACUCCAUUCGAGUGACUGUGAUAAUCAUGAAAGUCUUGAAGAUAGAAGACCCUGCUCAAUCAGAUAAGGUUGCACCAUGGGUUGUCUUGGCUAAUCAGUGGCCCUGCCGACUUAGCUGGAUCAUCCAGUGUGUGGAAGAUGCUCAGCAGAGAGCAGAUAUUGAGAAAGCGGCUAUCACUGAUGAUUCAAAGACCUUAUGGCAAGUCUUCAGCGAGUCCAGAGCAGAGCUAUAUGUGAUGAGUGCACAGAUUGAGGAACUCCUCGAGCACGACGGAGAUCCUGAGAUUUUUGAGAAAUUUCUCACAGUAGAUUUCCAGUUCAGCAUAAAGGACUUGAAGAUUUUAGAAGUGGCAACAGUGAAUCUUGAUCCUACAAUUAGGAAGGAGUUGGCCCAACUCAGAGGGACAUCCAGAUUGAAAGAUUCCGGUUGGAUGAGGAACCUAGCUCCACUGCCAAUCGCAACUAUAAUCAACAUGGAUACAGAGGAUGUAUGUAAUGAGUUGGAGAGAAUGAAAUACCCCAGGAAGUAUAUUGACAUUGUGAAAAGCAAUAACCUCAACGGCUCUGCGCUAGUCUUUGGUGAUGCAGAAGAACUCAAAGACCUCCUAGGUAUGAACUUUGGUGAAUGGGCAACUUUCAGACUGCACUUCCUGGGUUUGCCAUCACAUCUUCGACAACAACACAAGAACAUGCUGUCAAUGCCUUCUCACUCUCAGAGCCAGCUGCCUAAUUUACAUCCAUCAACACUCAUCGGACCUAAGUCUGGUUAA